AUACGGUCGAGUGCUAAUCGACAUUGGGUUGAAUUCGUUGAGUGGACACCUGAGAGUCAACUCGGCGGUUUUAAUCCCAAAAAGACGGUUCAAAGCAUUUAUUUAUACAUAGCAACGCUGUAGAAGACACCUUCUGUUAAGCGUCGUGACGUGGAGCCAGGACGUGAAGGUUAUGAGCGUUUAUUUUAAAAUAACACUCUUUUUAAAUAUACUAGGAGCCUAACAGGGAAGAAAACAAUAGUUUGUCACCAUGUUUGAAAUAACAGACACACAGAAAAUAGGUGUUGGUUUGGCUGGAUUUGGGAUGUUUUUCCUCUUCCUGGGAAUGAUACUUUUGUUUGACAAGAGUUUACUGGCCUUAGGAAAUAUUCUAUUUAUUUGUGGUUUAGCAUGUGUAAUAGGUCUGGAGAGAACAUUCAGAUUUUUCUUCCAAAGACACAAAGUGAAGGCAUCAAUUGCAUUCCUUGGUGGCAUUUUUAUUGUGUUGUUUGGCUAUCCUCUUAUUGGGAUGCUGGUGGAAACAUAUGGAUUUGUUCUGCUGUUUAGUGGGUUCUUCCCAGUUGCCAUCAAUUUCCUAAGGAGAGUUCCUUUGAUUGGCACCUUCUUAAAUUUACCUGGUAUUAGUGGGGUAGUUGACAAACUGGCUGGAGAAUCGGGCCGGACCAGAGUGUAAUGAUGAUCCAUUUAAGUAAUUAAUUUAUGCAUGAUCAUAGUGAAUACAUUUCAUCGAACGGGAACCACGAUAUGGGGGCGUCGGUGAAAUGAACAAACGGGAAUGAAGUUUUGUAUGCAGUGCGUGGACACUUAACUGUAUGUAAGUUUGUUUUUGUACAAUCAAGUUAAUUAAGACAAUUAAUCUAGAAAACAAAUUGAAUAUAACAAAAUCCGUAUAAA